AUGGCUGGGCACGCAUCAACCGUAGAUGAUCCAGAAAAGCACUUUCUGGGUAAUCUCCUCGAUGAGGAUUCCUGCUACAAUCCGCCACCACCGUUGAACCAGAGAUCCUCCUCGUCACCCGGCGCCAUCCCUCCCGUGUCUGUCAUCAGUGGUGUCGGACCAAUUAGCACCAAUAAUUUGCUGAGAUCAUACUGGCCGGAACCACCACCUCCAUACUCUCCUCCAAUUCAGUCACAAUGGUACAACAGCGAAUAUCAACCGUUUCCAAAAUCACCACCGUCCGACUAUUUCAUCCAAAAC